AUGAUAUCAAAAAUGCGUCGGUGUUCAUCAUCGACUUCAGCAGAUAAUCGAAUACGUGAACCACUGACGGAAGCAGAACUACGAGCACGACCGAUAAUAACACCCGAAGACGUAUUACGCCUUAAUAAAAUUACCGAUGAUUAUUUAUGUGAACCAGAUGCGAAUAUUUAUGAUAUCGAAUUUACAAGGUUUAAAAUUCGUGAUUUAGACACUGAUCAAAUUCUAUUCGAAAUUGCUAAACCUACUUCUGAAGAGCUUGACAUUGAUGAUUUAAAUUUGGAGAAACGUGAUGAUACGAGUGCUGCUCGUUUUGUUCGUUAUCAGUUCACACCUGCAUUUUUACUUCUUAAACAUGUUGGUGCAACGGUUGAAUUCAAUGUUGGUAGUAAGCCAGUGAAUAAAUUUCGUAUGAUUGAACGACAUUUCUUCCGUGAUCGUUUGUUAAAAAGUUUUGAUUUCGAAUUUGGCUUUUGCAUUCCGAACAGUAGAAAUACAUGUGAACAUAUUUAUGAUUUUCCACAACUCUCUGAAUCGUUGAUAGAUGAGAUGGUUUCAAAUCCGUAUGAAACACGUUCCGACAGUUUCUAUUUUGUAGAAGAUCGUCUAAUAAUGCACAACAAAGCAGAUUACGCAUAUAAUGGUGGUGACUAA